UCUAGUGAUUCUGUAUUUUGGCGAAAUAAAUUUUCUUUCUAUAUAUUAUUGUUUCAACGGCGAUAAGAACACACAAUAAGCGCAACUUCUCACCAUAAACCUGCAACUCAAUUAAUCCGUUUGAAUAGAAUAAAAAUUAUACAGACGCAACCGGUCUUGAUUGAAGGUCUUUAAGCGGCAAAACAUCAUAUCCAAGUCGGAAGCGAUACACAUGAACCAAUUAUAUCGGCGCAAGUUUGGUUUUUGUAGUCGAAACUUGGUUUUUUAUAAUAUCGGCACAGGUUGUUGAUAAUCUACAAAGUAGUCUUUUUGUAGCCGAAAAGUGGUUUUAUGUUGGAUGCGCGUAAUUCCGCGAAUAGUGGCAGUAUAGCGAACAGGUAGGCCUAGGUCGAGGUCAAAUUGUGUUGCCAUUCAGACAACAGACGACACUACGGUGCAUGGUGUACCGUAGGCCUACUUUGCAGCUUUGUCCAGUUGCGCGUCUUCAGUCACAAUGGACGUCACGACGCUAGUCUGGCCGAUUGCCGUACUCUACAUUUUCGUAGAUGUCAACUACUUCCUGAGAACGGUCUUCACUCUGCUCGUAGGAAUAGUGUUCAACAAGAGAGUGCGCAUUAAUGAGACUACCAAGAUUUAUGGUAUAUGCCUCCCAUCGGAUGUAGACAUGAUGGUGUGUCACAUGAACAAUGCACGCUACUUGCGCGAGCUGGACUUUGCGCGCUACCAUUUCUACGAGCGCGCGGGUCUGUUCGCGCGUAUGUUCGCUGCACGCACUGUCACGCUGCAAACUGCUUGCUGGAUCAGGUAUCGGCAGGCUAUUGCUACGUUCGCCGUUUACACCAUUCAUACUAAGGUAAUUUUCUGGGACGACCGCAGCAUUUACCUCGAACACCAGUUCAGAACCCUGGACGGUUGUCUUCGGUGCGUGGGCAUGAGUCGCCAGACAGUCCUCACUGGUUCAAUGCACCACUUUGUGGGCGAAGGGGCAAUGCCCCCCCAGCCGUCAGCCGAGCUCUCCCAUUGGCUGGCUUCCAUUGACGCCUCCAGCCAGCGCCUGCAGUCGACCAAUGGCAGCGUUGUUCACGACCGCAAAACUGAUGUUUGCAACAACAGAUGACUCUCAAGAGAAUAAUUGAAUUGCUGCCUUUAUUUAAUCCCAUAGUGAGGUCCACGUUAUAAUGACAGUGGAGAAGGAAGGAGAACAGCGUUGGUAUGAUUCUCUGCCUUGCCACUGCCUUCUAUAGAGGAUAGCUGACUGAUACCGUUAUAUUUGAUGUAAUAUGAACUGUUUAUUCUUGUUUGAAAUAACCAAUCAUAUCAUAUUCGUCAAGAACAUGUAUUUCCCAAAGAUAAAUUGAUAAAUAUAAAGAAAAUAAAAAUCUCAGUACCCUUUUUUUGAAAUAUUUUA